AUGGGCGAUCCGAAACGCUUGAAGGCGUUUAGCGGGCAGCACUUGGCGAACAUUGCCUGGGCCAUUGCAAAGCUUCUGACAAGCGGCUCAGCGGCCCAGCUGCUCAAAUCUGCGGGCGCCACUUCGCAGGAGGCCUUUCUGGAGCCUCUUUGCUCGGCUUUGGAGACCCGGGCUUGGGACCUAAAUGCACAGGAGCUCUCCAUGGCGGCCUGGGCGCUGGGCACUGCGGGCCAUGACAACCACGCAGCCGCACGGGUCGUUGCGACCCUGGGAGAG